AUGUCAAAUAACAACAACAAUUCAGAAUGCAAGUGCUCUAAAUACUCUUCCAAUAGCAUGAGAUUUGUUUUGGUAUCUACCCAAACACUCAGAAGACAUGCACAACAGGAUAUUAUGAGACAAUAUCAGUUAGAAUCUUCUUCCUUAGUUAUAGAAGUAAUGUUGAAUGACAAUGACAUGGAGAUUGACUUUGAAGACAAUGUUGAUGCCAAAGAUCAAGUUGAAGAGCAAUUUUCUCUAUCCAAUAUGCCAGUCAAUCCUACUCAUGCUUUCAUUGCUUCUUUUGCUGCCUUCUUCAUAUCCAAAUAUGUUGUCAAUUCUGGUGGUGCUGUUCUGUUGAAGUUUCUUAACGAAGUAUUGGCACACUUUGGACAGUCUUUCCGUCUUCCCCUCAGUAUAAACAGUGUCAACUCUAUGACUGGUCUCAGUGACAUGACUUGA